AUUCCGUAAUAAAUUUCGCAUUUUGUAAUAAUUUAUUACAAGAUGAGAAAAAAGUUAUUACGAAAUGCGUUCAAGAAAUGUAUUACGAAAUGCGUAAAUUAUUACACAAUGCGGCAAUUGUCACCGCAUUAUGUAAUAAUUUGUUACCUUAUUACAUAUUGCACCGUUAUUACAUAAUGCGGCGUUACAAACGUUCAUAUCCAGGAAUGUCCCAGGCUGUCAAGACAGAGCCGUUAUGUGAUUAGCUGAAUCAAACAUGUCAGUGCAGCGUCCAGAGCGAAUAAAACUAAUUCAUGGCGAAACUUCUUCAACCACCCCAGCUACCUGGGUCGCGUUGGUAGCGCUUGAUGUACACAGGGCAUUAUGUCUUGCAGGAUUACUCACAUUGUCUUUCAACAUGAGUGCAAUGAUUUUCUUCAAUGGAAAUAAGCCUAUUCUUCAAACAGCCAAAGCUCAUUGGGUCUUUGUCGAACAUCGAGCACAGAUAAACUGGGUAAAUAAUCACACAAUUAGUGUAUCAAAUGAUGUCAUACCUCUGGCAAUUCUGAGCAUCUAAUUUCUUUCAUUGCCACAUAUGAUUAGUUUUGGUGUCUUUGGUUCACUGUGCUGCUAUUACUUCUGCUUGCUUAAAUAAGCACUUUUAGGUCAGCUAUUUCAUCACAUCCUCUUUGGUGUCUCAUGACUCGUGUUCUGGUGAUGCCAGGCUCAUAUUGUGCAUCAGAAACUUUGUCGUCUCACUUAAUCACACUGCACAGCAAGAUACGGUACGUACCCUUACCUGCUACAUCUUUUAGUAUCAAUAGCUUUAUGAUAAACCUAAGGAUUCCAUUAAAGGUGCACUGUGUAAUAUGUCAGUGGUUUAUUUCCAGAAUUCAUGCUGCCCAUUCACAAAUAUUACCUUUUUCAUGAAUGCUUAUCACCAUCAUCAAAUUCUAAGUACAGUAUUCAUUAUGACUCGGAAAAUUGCACUUUCCAUACUUGCCAUAUUGCCAUACAAUUCCAGAGAUGGGAAUUUUUGGCUGAAAAACUUGCUGUACUUUGGUCAUACCAGUAUAUAGUGCUAGUACAUAUUUACUACUAGUAUAUCUCUGGUACAAUAUUAGUUCAUUAUUUGGUAAUGAAAAGAUCAAAUUUGGCACUAGACAGCACAGUUGCAAUGAGCAGUCUAUUUGCAAUACCUACUCCGGCCGCCAUCUUACACAAUGCACAUUUAAUGUUGUACAUCUAAGAAUGGGCAAGCGCAAUGAAACCGUAUUGGGUUUCAAUGUACAAUGAACCUCAUAUGAAUAUGUGAAGAUUCCCAUUUAUUCCAGUCAUGCUAACAUCUGCGGUCGGAAAUGGGCACCAGCAGGCUACUCAUUUGGCCUGAAUGCACAGAGAGAGAGAGAGAGAGAAAGAGAGAGAGAGAGAGAGAGAAAGAGAGAGAGAGAGAGAGAUGAGAGAGAGAAUCAUUGCUUUUUGAUACGUGUGAACUGACUGCCAAUUCAUUUCCUUUCCAAAUAAUCUAUUUCAGAACAUGAAGACAGCCUGAAACUACAAGUGAUUGUGGUGUGGGAAAUAUGACUUCUUUAGGAGGAGCACUUUUUCACAUAUUUCUCUAUGGGCUUUUCAGUGCACCAUCACACCAGUUCUUUGUCAGAUACUGCAACCUCACCGUGUUGCCCAAAGACACCAUGUGUCAUGUGUCGUGCUGUGAUAUGGGCUUGAAAAUUGUUCCGCUGCCACUCCCUACUCACGUAAAGGAACUGGAUCUUUCCCGCAAUCACAUCUCAAAGAUCAAGGUGACAGACUUCAGGAACGUCUCAAAUCUAAGAGCUCUUAAUGUGUCUUACAACAACAUUUCAUGGAUAGAAGACAGCGCUUUCCAAGAUCUUGUUCACCUGCAAGAGCUCUACAUGACUAGGAAUCGGCUGAAACAUAUAACCAGAGGAUUUCUACAGGGACCAGUGAGCCUCACUGUGCUGCGACUGGAUCAAAAUAAAAUUGAGGACAUUGACCCAUCAGCUUUCCUUGACCUUUCCAACUUGACACAUGUAAAUCUGGCACAUAACCGGCUCACAGUCAUGGAGUCUGUGAAGAGCAUUUUACAUUUGCCAAAUUUAUUUGAGAUCAAAAUUGAAAACAACAGCAUUACUAGUUUUGUGUCUCAUAACCUUUCAACUAAACCUCUGCAACUACGGAGACUUGAUUUAUUUUCGAACCCACUGAAGACUUUUCGGAUAACAAACAACAUCCUUCCAUACCUUGGAUAUCUGGAUAUCUCCACCUGUAGCUACGUGUAUAAUGGGUCUUUGCAAUGGAUUGUGGAGGAUGCAUCUUUUCUUGGUGCAGUGGAGACACUCAAUGUGAGUGGACUUCAAACUUUAGAAGAUUUGACAGUAAAAAUUGUACAAACCUUUAAUUCAUCCCUGAAAACUCUCCAAAUCAGCGAAUUAUCAACACCAGGUUUUCAGGACUUUUUUCAAAGAACCUGCAGCCAUCUACAAACUCUAAUCUUAGAACAACCCAAUAUCCAUGUGCUAAGUGACAGCUUCUUCAAAUCAUGCCACCAAUUACGAGUAAUUCAUUUUAGAGACAACACAACAUCUAAAAUGUCCGCACUUGCAUUUGAAGGAUUGAAUCAACUCAAGACAUUGAAAGUAAGAAGUACAAAAAUUACUGAACUUAAUAAUGUCACACACAUUCUCCCUUCACUGUCACUACUUGACUUUUCUAAUAACAAUAUAGAUCAUGUCACAUGUUCUGAUUUCAACAACCUAACUCUUUUGGAAAGACUUUACCUUUACGGCAAUGACAUUAACAUGAUUAGGAAUUGUACUUUUCAGUAUCUUCCAAACCUGCAAGUGCUACUAUUGGGCUCGAAUAAACUUUUAGAUGUGAGACACAUUUUUAAUGGUCAUCUUCCAAAACUGAUGACUUUAGAUUUGCACAGCAAUAAGAUAAGUAAACUAAAUGGGUGGACUUUCAGUGGAUUGAAUGCUCUUAAAUAUCUGCGCAUCUAUGAUAAUCAAAUAAUCAGCAUAUCAAAAAAUGCUUUUGAAGGAUUGCAAAAUUUAAAAGAACUGGUCCUUACAGCAAACCACCUUAAACAAAACACAUUUAAUGAUCCAGGAAUUUUUAAAGGUAUGCACAACCUGGAAGUGCUAAAUUUGGAUGACAAUUACAUAGAGUUUGACACUACAAAACUUCAAAAUCCACCUUUUACAAUGUUAAAGUCCCUGAAAGUCCUGCUUGUUAACAGCCAGAGGCAUGGGAUGAGUAACUUGCCUUCAAACCUACUGGCUGGCCUGAACUCAUUGAUUUCAUUUCAUGGAGAAAACCUCAACAUUCAGUACGUCCAUCAAGACACCUUCACACACACUCCCAAUCUCCAGUACCUGGACUUGAGCAGGAACGUAUUCACGACAGAAUCUUCUUUAUCCUCAGGGGUAUUUCAUCCCAUCCCUGCACUGUCAGAGCUCCGUUUAUCAAAAAAUUUACUUCCGUCAUUGACCUUUGUAAUUGAUGCAAACCUUUCUCAACUCCAAAAUCUUCAGGUGAUGAACAAUCAACUUCAGGGAAUCAACCAGACAAUAAUCCAGUCCCUUCCCAGUUUAGAGUAUGUUGACCUCCAAAACAACACAUUCAUUUGUGACUGUAGCAAUGAAUGGUUUCUUCACUGGGCCAAACAAUCAAGACAAACCCAGGUAAUAUACUUUAAUAAUUAUCACUGUAGCUAUCCCCCAGCCUUCAAAAACCAACACCUGGAAGACCUGAACACAAACUCCUGCACCAUAAAUAUUGAAUUCAUUUACUUUGCAGGAAGCUCCUCCCUGGUGAUUGCUACACUCUUGGUGACUUUCAUUUACAACUUCAUGCGAUUUCAGCUGGUAUAUGCAUACUACCUUUUCCUUGCUUAUCUCUAUGAUCGAAAGCGGCACAGAGGACAGAAGCAUCAUGGCUUCAUGUACGAUGCCUUCAUUUCCUACAACUCCCAGGAUGAACUUUGGGUGCUUAGGGAACUGCUGCCCAAUAUGGAGGCCGAACAAGGAUGGAAACUGUGUCUGCACCAUCGGGACUUUGAGCCAGGCAAGCCCAUCAUUGACAACAUUGUAGACGGCAUCUACAACAGCCGAAAGACAAUUUGCGUGGUGACACGGAACUACUUGAGGAGCGAGUGGUGCUCCAGGGAGAUUCAGGUGGCCAGCUUCAGGCUGUUUGACGAGAACAAUGAUGUGCUCAUCCUGGUCUUCUUGGAAGACAUCCCAGCACAACAGCUAUCCCCAUAUCACAGAAUGCGGAAACUGGUGAAGAAGCAAACAUACCUCUGCUGGCCCAAACCAGGGGAGGAUAGGAGCAUCUUCUGGCAAAAACUACGAAUGGCCAUGAGAACUAAUCACAUUCUUUUAGGACAGGAGUAGACUUCUUUGGAUUUCACUUUAUCUUGAUCUGUGUAUGGUUACACCAGUAAUGUGACAGGAAUGUGAUAAGAAUUUUGGGAUACAUGGGAGUGUAAUGCUGAAUUUUAAAAUCUUACAGAGCA